AUGUCAAUUAUCAAUUCACAAUCUAUUAAUGAUUUUGAAAACAACAACACAGAAUGUUCGUGCAAUUAUUCUUUUGAGACAAACAAUCUCAACGAUACUAAACGCAACGAUGAUGCUUGCUCUCUGAACGAGACAAACGAUUUUGAAUGGUAUGACCCUGAAACGCUCUACUUUAAAGAUUUUGACGGCAACUACUGCGAUGAACAAGAAUGCGAAAUAAAAAUCACGUCUGAGAAAUUCUCAAUCGACUAUUUCUCCUACGCAUCGGAAUGGAAUUCGGACAGCGAUGAUGACAAUUCGUCCUCAGAUGACGAUAUUAGUAUUCUAUCAAACGGAAGUGACAAUUACAUCACAUCAUACUCGCCGUUUCCAAUCGAUAAUUAUAGUCUAAGUUCGGAAACGAAAGCGAAACGAGUGCCUAUGACCUCAAAAACGUAUAGAGAUUUUUUAAUAAAUUAUUAUAAGCUGAAAAUUUCCCAAAUACGAAUUUAUUAG